UUACCACCGUCGGCGAAUGCCAUCAUCCAAUUCCGUUCGUUUUGGACACAAAACAGGACCCUCGACGGUUUGGCCGCGCUAUUGCCACCCGCAGCCCAUUCAAACUCCCCUCCCUCACCCCCCCCCUGCUGCUGCUGCCGUCUGAUCUUCUCUCCCACCCACCCUGGGCUUGAUUCGUUUUGCAAAACAACCCCAACGAGAUAGAAAGAGAGAGAGAGAGAGAGAAAGAAAGAGUGAUAUCACGCUGCUGGUUUAUUCUAUAUGCCUCUCUCGCGGCGAGACUUUAAAUUUUCCCGCCUUCGUCACGCCGCACUCGCCUGGUAUUACUACUACUACUGCUACCACUACAGAUAUGCUACGAUACUUAACCUCUGCCUAGUGCACGCAACCACAUGCAUAUAUACCAUGCUAAAUUAAAACGCCUAUGUGCCAACGUUCCCUACACACGUGUCACCGUCAAUGUCCUCCCAUUGUGUCUCAUUUCACAAUUGCAAACGAGUAUGAACACUAAAUUCUACAAAUAAAAAAUUACAAAAAAUAUCUACGUAAAAUUAAUCGAUUAAAGACAAUAAUUAUAGUGACGAAAUUUUAAUACAAACUGUUAAAAAAUGUUCGACUAUUUCCGAAAUACAAUCACUGCAUUUAAUCAAAUUGGAGUAUUUUCCCGGAUUCGGGCUCCUAGUAUUCACCUUUUUCACAAAGAUACUGGCGCGCCAUACGUAUUGUACAAGGACAAUAUGGAGAGACCCCAAGGCCAGUGGGGACCUGGUCCGGGAUCUCUCCAAGACGGUGGACUUUAUCCUCAACAACAGCCUCAACAACAAGGUUCCUCUUCGUCUGGUAGUCCACAGCAGGCCUGUGGUCCUCCAGUCGAAGGAGAGAGUGGCCCACCGCCUUCUCUUGCUUCACCUGUACCUUCGCCGUAUCCCUCGGCGCCACCUGAACCUCAAGCCCUUACACCACCCGAUGAAGAUAUUCAAUCCGGUCAGCAAACAUCUCAACAGCAGCAGCAACAACAACAGCAACAGGCUCAACAACAGGUACAGCAGCAGCAACAGCAGCAGCAACAACAACAACAGCAGCAACAACAGGUUCAACAACAGCAACCACAACCUCAAGAUCAUUCACCUCAACAACAAUUAACGCCCCAUGAAGUCGAUCGCACUGAUUGUUUCCCUGGUACAGGAGAAUUACAACAAUAUCCCCAGCACUAUUUCAAAGAAACUAGGCCACAUCCUUCACCAUCUGUACCACCACACAUGCUCACACCCGGUGGUUUCUCAGCGUUACAUUAUCUAAAACAACCAGGUGUUAUGCUCACAUCACUCGGUCAAGGUGAUGGUGGGCCUGGUCUUGAUCCACAUCAAUAUACAAGUCCAGGUGCACCAAACAUGGGAACUGGAUUACCGGAUAUUGUCCAACAAAAUGGCAAAUCGGGCAAAGGUGCAAACAGUGAUUUGCGUCUAUUUAAAUGUUUAACAUGCGGUAAAGAUUUCAAACAAAAAUCAACAUUAUUACAACACGAGAGGAUUCAUACGGACAGUCGGCCUUAUGGAUGUCCAGAGUGUGGCAAACGAUUUCGUCAACAGUCCCAUCUUACUCAACAUCUACGUAUACACGCUAAUGAGAAGCCGUACGCUUGUGCCUAUUGCGAACGUACAUUUCGACAACGCGCCAUCCUCAAUCAGCAUCUGCGCAUCCACUCGGGUGAGAAGCCAUACCAAUGUCCGGAGUGCGGAAAACACUUCCGUCAGAAGGCGAUCCUGAAUCAGCACGUCCGCACACACCAAGACGUGAGUCCACAUCUCAUCUUCAAAAAUGGAAUGACACCGACACUAUGGCCACAGGACGUGCCAUUUCCACCUGAAGAAGGCAAAGAGGAAGUAGCAUCAACAUUUGGCGAUAAUGAUACGCAAUCGGGUGCAUUUAGUCCAGCGCCUGAUGCUAAUUCAACACAAUAUCCUGCCUAUUUCAAGGAUCCAAAAGGUGGAAAUCACGCUGUUUUUGGUACCGGUGGUUUCGGUGCUCUUCAAUACAUUAAACAACAAAGUGGUGGGAAAGGUUGUUUACCGGACGUUAUACAACAUGGUCGAUCAGCGGGUAUGCCACUUUAUGUCCGUUGUCCCAUAUGUCAAAAGGAAUUUAAACAAAAAUCAACUCUUCUACAACAUGGCUGUAUACACAUUGAAUCGAGACCCUAUCCAUGUCCCGAAUGUGGCAAAAGAUUUAGGCAACAAUCACAUUUGACACAACAUUUACGUAUUCAUACAAACGAAAAGCCUUAUGGUUGCGUGUAUUGUGGUAGAAAUUUCAGGCAACGAACCAUUCUCAAUCAACAUCUUCGUAUUCAUACUGGCGAAAAACCAUACAAGUGUCAACAGUGCGGGAAGGAUUUUAGGCAAAAGGCCAUUUUGGAUCAACAUACGCGAACACAUCAAGGCGAUAGGCCAUUUUGUUGUCCAAUGCCAAAUUGUAGGCGACGAUUUGCAACUGAACCAGAAGUCAAAAAACACAUAGACAACCAUAUGAAUCCUCAUGCUUCUAAAGCAAGACGGAAUUCAACUGGUGAUACAAAAUUACCUAGUGGCGUGCCAACAGGAUUAGGUCCAGUGACAGUGUCACGUGGUUUAACGCCGGCUGUUGUUAAACCAGAACUCUAUUUCCCUCAGUGCUAUGCACCAUCAUUUAAUCAUCAACCACCAGUUUCAACGGCCCAAUUUCCAGGGCAGACCAAUGUUGUCGCUGUCACCGGUGAAUUUAAACCUCCAACGGGGCUGCCGCCACAGUGACUAACCGUCCAUCCUGCCGCCUACUAGCAAGCAGGAAUACCGCUGAGAUUUCAGCGUUGCUUCGGCCCCGAUGUGGAGGCCGGAUCGUCGUCAGACCCGUCGCUCAGAUGCCAGCCGCUCCAGCAACAUUAUCCGUGACAAUUAUCGUGCAUUUAAAUAAGUCUUCUCAUUCUUUUUUUUAAACAAAAUAUAAUGUUACUUUUAGUUUCUCUGCGUGCCGAGAUAAAAAGGUAAGGCAAUCAACGAUAUACAAUUAGCGUACGAUUGCCCUCGAACAUCCGUCAAUUUACACCUCAAGGGUGAGUAGACUUAAAUACACAUCUGACUUCCAUAUCAUCAAGAACGUUGUUUCAUGAUUUCAUCAUAUUUGACACCAAAACUUACUGGAAGACGUUUCCAAUGAGUUUUAUAGAUCGCUAGAAUAAUUUUCAGUGAUAUCGGAAAUAUCUCUAGUUCCAUUAUCUCUGGCCCAAUUAGAAAUCAGUCACGACAUCAUUUUUAUUGCAAAAAUCAAUUUCUAAUUGGGAAAAAUUUCACCAAUGAUGAUUUCCCAGCUAUGUGGAAUGGGAAUUAUUCUGGCAUCACUGAUUCAUUAUUAUUAUUAUUUGUCAAAAAAAUGUGCAUCACUAUAGGUGAAUGACUUCUGUUCUAUUUCAAGUGCCAUUUCUUGGCACUCAUUCACAUGUUGCAAUUCUCAAGUUUAUUAUGACAAUAUUUACGACAGCUACUAUAGCGUCUCCUUAAAUAUAUAAAUAUAUGAAAAUGACUAGAUAUGUAUACAAGAUUCUAUAAAUCAUUCACUGAAAUAGAUGCAUUUAUGUGAUCAUUAAACAAUUUCAUGAAACAAAGUUGCAGAAAUUGUAUGACUCCGGAAAAUUGUCAAAUCAUUUUUUGAUUUUUUUUCUUUCAAGGUCUUUGAUUGAAUUAGGAAAUUAAUGGCAUUCUGGAAUAUUAAUACAUUGAAUGGUAAAAUAGAGAUCGUUUUGAUUAAAGAAAUUAUGGUGACUCACGAUAGUAACACCAUCUGUAGGUAUUCAAACGAACACUUGACUGCUGGGACAAAUAAUCUUAAUUUAUUUAGUCAGCUUUCCUAUAUGGACUGGCAAUUUUAACAUCCCGCGCAGAAAUUUUGCCAAAGGCCUAGAUCGGGGCCGGAUCAGGCUGCCCUAUUAGGAAAUGAAACGCCGCGCCUGAUGUGGCCCUGAUUAGGAAAUCCACAUUUUCUGGUCGCCCUGAUUUGGCUUUGAUCAGAUGUGACGUUUCAUUCCCUACUGGAGCCUUGGUAGGGGAAUUUUUACACGGAAUAUUUUGUUUAUGAAAAUCACUUUCUUAAUUCUCGUGACUCUUUCUGUGUUCAAAAUUUUUUGCCAUUAAAAAAACGAAAAAAAUAUUAGAAUUUAAUUUAUGCUAAAAUUCUGAUCCUGAUAAUUUUUUGCAAAUGUUAAAUAAUUUAAAGAAAAAGAUAUGGAGGUCGGAUUGGCAUGUUUUUUUUUUCAAAAAUAUACUCAAUAAUAAUCCUAAUUGGAAAUAUAGUGAAUAAAAAUUAAAAUCACUUUAAAAAUUUUAUAUAAAAUCAUUUUUAAAUGAUAAAUGUGACGAUUUGGUAAAAAUAUUGAAUACACAAAUUUUUGGGAAAAAAUACGAUUUUCUAUGCACUAUACUAAAUAAAGUCUACUCACUUAAUUCGAGAAGAUCGACGUGAUUCCUUUUUUGUAAGUACGUACUUGAAGAGUUACAAAGUACCAAGUUUGGUACAUCAACAAAUACAUACAAAAAAAACACAGACAUAUAUAUACACAAACACACACACACACACACACCGUUUCAAUGUGUUUCUCUCGCCAAACGGGUUGAACAUGUUCGAUUUCGACCAGACUGAAAUGAUUGUGAUACAAUAUUUAACUUGCCUAUGUUUUAAAGUGUUGAAAAGUCAAGUUGAGUAUAUGAAUCUUUGGAGAAGGAUGAAGAUGCGACGAGAAGGAGGACGCCUGUAAAUAUGUAAAACGUUAUCUAAUUGUUUUGUUGAAUGAAAAAAAAAGAAAAUAAGAAAGUGAGAAAGAGAGAGAGAAAGAGAGAGAGAGA